AUGAAACUUGCGCUUUUUAUUUUAGGAUUUGUCAGUGCGGAGAGUUACGAUUCAAGCUCAGAGAGUUCAAGUUACGAAUUCGACUAUAAUUAUGAAUACAUUAAUGAAACCAUGUACGAAGCUUAUUUAAACUGGCUCUAUCAGAACAACUACACUGAUUUUCCGACUGAAGGGGAGAAUACUGAAUCUCAACUAUGGGGUGCGAAAGAGACGAACUACGAAUACGCCUACCAAUAUGGCGAAAAUAUCCAAGCACUGGCCAGUGCACCUACGGCGAAAACGAAGAGCACUUCUAGAGCAAAGUCAGCAAACUACGAUUAUAGCUAUGGCGAGUACAACUUCGAUGGCUAUGAUUAUACGAAUGGAAAGAAACGGGCUAAUAGAAAGCUUUCAAAAAGACAUUACAAGGAAAAUACUUUUGAGCCUCCUAAAGAUGUCAUAAAGCUAGAAAACCUGAAAACCCUGCCAAAACCAAAAACAACAAAACCAACGACUCGAAGAACCACACAAUCAACCCGUGUGAAGACAACAAGGAGAACAUCCCGAGCUCCAUAUUUCGAUGAAACAGACACCAAAUACCCAAAGUGUUUUAUCUGCAGUGCUAGUGCAGAAUCAUCAAAUAGAACAAUAGAAGAGUGCGCUGAAAAAGGGAGAUGGACAACCUGCAAAUUCGGAGAGUAUUGUGGACUCGAAGUGCGAGAAAAGUCAAGAGGAAAAAAUAAAUUCAACAGGUUCUUGCCAAAAGAAAUUUAUCAAAUGACGGUCCGAUGCAUGACGAGGCCGACUUGUCUGGCUCAUUAUGGCAAUAACUUUUCAUCGUCGGUUGCUUUUUUGCAGCAAUGUGGGACCAACCCAAAGGAAAGCACAUGUUUCGCCUGUCUGAAACCCUGCUCGCAUAUCUCCAACCCUGAUUGUUUCCUCCCUUCACGAGGGGUACCUACUUCUGUCUCUGGCGAAUACAGAACUAUUAAAAGUCUGACCUACGAGAGCUGGAAGUCUGGCCUGAGAAAUUUGACAAAAAAUGAAUAA